ACAAGAAACUCAAAAGACUCAUAUGGAGUGAGAGGUCCAGCAGAGGUUCAAUGCAAAUUCUUCAGCAAAGGAGCUUUUGGGAGCGGAAUUUGUUGAAAGGCAGCAGGCUCUGCGCCAAUAAUCACCGUCGCGGGACCACGAAAACAAUGACCAGCCCAACGAAGGAUGGCACCGUCGUAGUGGGGAACCCUGACACGCUGGAGAAGAAGAAGGCCGCCAUUAAAUUUGCAGGUCCAUCCAAACUCCAGGUGAUUGCUGAUUUUGAUGCCACACUUACAAAAUACUGGGUCAAUGGAAGUCGAGGACACAGCAGUCACAAUCUGUUGCAGCAGGGAAAUCCUGAAUACAACUUGAAGAGGCAGAAACUAUAUGAUCACUAUCAUCCAUUGGAAUUCUCUCCAACUAUUCCUAUUGAGGAGAAGGCAAAGCUAAUGGAGGAAUGGUGGGAGAGAACCCAUGCUCUUCUUGUUGAGGGCGGUCUUACUUAUGAUGACAUAACUUCGUCUGUUGCUAACUCUGCAGUUGCAUUUAGAGAAGGUGUCAUUGAGUUAUUUGAACUACUGGAGAAAAAAGAUGUUCCUGUUCUUGUAUUUUCUGCUGGACUUGCAGACAUUAUUGAAGAGGUUCUGAGACAGAAACUUCACAGAUCUUUCAAGAAUGUCAAGGUUGUCUCAAACCGAAUGGUAUUUGAUGAGAAUGGAAAGCUUGUGGCCUUUAAAGGAAAGACAAUUCAUGUUUUAAACAAAAAUGAACAUGCUCUUGAUAUGGCUGCCCCUGUUCAUGACCAUCUAGGAGAUGCUCACGGUCUCAAUAAUGAUACAUCUUCAGUUAAAAACAGAACCAAUGUUUUACUUCUUGGGGAUCACAUUGGAGAUCUGGGCAUGUCUGAUGGUUUGGACUAUGAGAACCGAAUCACUGUUGGAUUCUUGAAUGAUAAUAUUGAGAGCUCGUUUGAUGAUUAUAGGAAAGCAUUUGACGUGGUUUUUCUGAAUGAUGCACCCAUGUGGGGAGUGGUUGAGCUUGUUUCCCGGCUUUGAGCUUGUGGCAAAUGAUCUUCAUUUUAGAGCAACUGAUGAUGCUCUGAUGCUUUGGGAGCUUUGGUUGAGGCCUGUGAUGAAAGAUCAUUUAUUGGAUGGCAUUGUCAAUUUGUUGGUUGGUUAUCAGUAUGAUCGAUAUUCUUGGAAUGCAUAUAACAAUUUACUUAAUUUUUUAGGUAUUGUUAAUUAUUGUUGGAUGGUCAAUGGUAUGAUAAUUUUUAAA